CCAUGACAUAUCUUUCUUCAGAGUCUUCAGUUGCAAAUGCUUUGUAGUGAAUGAUAGAAGUGAAAGGACUAAGCUCGAUCCAAAAGCCAAAGAAGGUGUGUUUAUUGGCUACCGAACCCAUUCAAAAGCGUACAGAGUCUAUUUGAGAGAGCGGCGAACUGUCAUUGAGAGUGUGCAUGUGGCAUUGUAUGAAAUGACAGACUUUGCUUCUGAACACUUCUUGACAAACCAACACUAUCUGAACCACAUUCAUCCGAAGAAGUUGAUCCAAAUCACCAAACAACUCCUUAAUGUGUGGUUCUCGGUUCACUAUUUUAACACUUCUACGAGAAUCCACGUCCAUCACCGCCACAAACAUCAUCAACAACUGAUAUCCAUUUAUCACUUCUGCCUGGUCCACCUGAUACUCAUUCAUUUACCCAAUCUGAUCAUAUGGAUCCCAAUGACCAAGGCGUGGAAACAACCUCCCCAAUGACCCCAACAACUCCCAAUCAACCCACUCCUCAACAAUCUACAUCUGCUACUUAUGAGGACCUGGAUCAUCCAAUCAUAACUUCACUCCUUUCACAUGAGCGGAAGUGGACGAAGGAACACCCUGCUGAACAAAUAACAGGUGAUCCGAGUCGUGGAGUCUGCACCAGAAUAGCAAAAGUAAAUGAAUGCCUCUUGUCUUGCUUUCUAAGCCAAUCUAAACUAUUCAACGUUUCUGAAGCACUGGUUGAUCCUGACUGGGUGAUUGCCAUGCAAGAUGAAGUCAAUCAGUUUCAGAAAAAAUGAAUGUGUGGACACUCGUGGCUAGGCCUCAUCGGAAAACCAUCACCGACAUGAAAUGGGUGUUCAAGAAUAAGCGAAACGAAGAAGGUGUCAUUGUGAGAAAUAAGGUUUGGUUGGUUGUGAAGGGAUACAACCAACAAGAGGGAAUAGACUAUGAUGAGAUAUUUGCACCCGUGGCUAGGAUUGAAGCAAUUCGCCUCUUUAUAGCUUACGCGGCACACAAGAACUUCACGGUCUAUCAAAUGGACGUGAAAACAACUUUUUGGACAAACACUUGUUAUUUUGUUCUUUGUAUUUUCUCUUUGCUAUGACAUUUAGAUGCGCCUGUAGUGCAUCUCGACGCACACUAAACUUUAUCUUCUUAUGUUGUUUUCCUACCCUUGGUGUGUCAUGCAAAAUUAAGCUUCUAUUUGGUUGUUUCCGCUUCGAAGCUACUUCUUUCACUGACCAUUUUGCCCCUUGUUGGGCAUUGACUGCGCGCAAAGUGUGGACCGAUG